GCCCCCGUCAUACAAACACAAUACUUCCCAUCUCUAUCCCUUCACCAGCGAACUCUCGUCAGGGCCACGACAUUUAUCGACUGCUCCCCGCAAUUCAGCGACGUGACAAGCUCUAACGCCUGCAGCUAUGGCGCGCUCACUUUCAGUCGUCCUGGUGCUGCUCGCGGCUUUCGCCGCUGUCGCCAAUGCCGCGACCGGCGCUUUCAACUACGAGAAGAGCGGCAUUGACUGGAUGGGCCCGUGCGCGACGGGCGAGAAGCAGUCGCCGGUGAACAUCGUGAUGGACCGAGCAGUGCAAGGCGGCAAGCCCGAGCUCUUCGCGCUCGAGUACGGCGCCAGCAAGACGGCCACCGUCGCCAACAAGGGCUCCACCAUCCAGGUUAUCCCGGCGGCGGACGAGACGCACGUGCUGCACCUGGCGUCGGGCGACUACAAGCUGCUGCAGAUGCACGUGCACGCGUACUCGGAGCACGCCAUCAACGGGCUGUUCGCGCCCAUGGAGGCGCACUUCGUGCACGUGCACACCGCCGACCCCAACAAGCUGGCCGUGGUGGGCGUGAUGCUGCGCGUGCACCGCCACGACUCCGACUCCGCGUGGCUCCGCCAGUGGCUGCCGCAGGCGCCCGUCGAGACCAACGCCACGGCCACCGUGUCUGUCACGCCCACCUUCUGGAGCGACAUGAUCGACGCGUCGAGCGGGUUCUGGGCGUAUCCCGGGUCGCUCACCACCCCCGAGUGCAGCGAGAUCGUGUCGUGGCACGUGCUGCGCAAGGCGCAGCCGCUGUCUGUGGAGCAGGCGAUCCAGUUCAUGAACAUCAUGGCCGUUACCAACCAGGACCGCACGGACAACCGCAUGCCCCAGCCGCUCAAUGGCCGCACCGUGCGCUUCUACUACCCUGCCGCUGCCACCAAGUAAAUAAAUUGGCAUGGCCUUUUUCUGUCAGGGUAGGAUGCUGCAGUCAAGCUUAGCUCCUACCCUGCAUUUUGCCGCUUGUAUAAAUGUGUUGAUAAGUGGCGUGAUUUCAACUCCCUAAGCCAAUUGCAUGCCGUUUGCCUGUUGCAAAACUCAUCCACAGUGAACACUUGCUCAGGGAUUUCCGUGUCCCCUACCCUGCCAUGACCCUGCCCAAUUAGCCCACCGUCUGUACAAUGUGAAAACAUAUGCGCAUGA